AUCAGAUUGUUGUCAAGUGCGCUUCUUUUCCAAAAACACUGUCUUCUUGUGCUAAUCCCUUUUUGUUUUCGUACUGUAGACACGUAUCGAGUUGUUGACUCGAAUGACAUAGAAUUAUCUUUUUUUCCCUGGUUUAAAGUUACACGACCGAGAUUACGGUUUCGUGACGUCCAUGCCAAAUAUUGGCAGAAAGGGACAGAGAAAGAAAUCAAUACGCGUCCACAAAAGCCGGCCGAUCCCGGCUUGCAGGAGGGAAAGUGUGGCGCUACAAGGGCAUGCCCAGCAAGCUUUUACUGCCGUACAGUAAGUACUGUACAGUACAUAGUAGUGGCUCCACGUCAAACUCGCCAAGGGUGCAUGCAGCCCAAGCUUCACGACAGUGGCAACCGGACGACGGUUAAGGGCCAUCUCAUUCAAUUUACCUUUUCGUACCGAUUAAAGGGACAGCCCCGGGGUUAUGGUAAGUUGGGAGAGUGGGGGGCUUUUUGUUUCCGGUGUAUUGCAGAUUGGGCUUUUUUGAGGUUGCGUUGACCACGCGAGCUCGAUCGCCUGUUUCUGUGUUUUGCGACAACUCAAUCAGAGCAAAGCAAAGCAAAGCAAAACAAUUCUUGACCUUUGCAAUCAAGCAUUGCAGCAAAGAUGGGUUUAGGAAUCUUGGAAGACCGUCAUAUGGACCAUGUGCCGGGGACGACGAGGCACUAUGACGAUCCAAACAGACCAACGCGCGUUGAAGAGGGCACCACAACCCUCAAGACGACCGAAGAUGGCAUUAUACUGGUGCCACAGCCGUCCGACGACCCCAAUGAUCCUCUCAACUGGCCAUUAUGGAAGCGCGAUCUGAUCACUGGUAUCUUGUCCAUCACCGCCAUCUUUGCAACAUCACUCGGCCCCAUCCUAGCAGCAAACACAAUCACGCUGUCGCUGUGGUUCGGCCAAAACCUGACCAAGGUAGCCCUCCUGACCGGCUACUUCCUCCUCGGCGUCGGCGCCGCGGGCACCUUUUUCGUCCCAUCGAGUCGCAUCUGGGGCAAGCGCCAUGCCUUUGUCGUCGGCCUCCUCAUCCUCAUCGGCAGUUCGGCCUGGGGCGGUGCCGUCUACAAGAACUACAACAGCAUGGUGGGAGCCCGCGUCAUCCAGGGCGUCGGCGCCGCGCCAUACGAGGCCCUCGUCAACGCCGCCGUGGGUGACCUGUACUUUGUGCACCAGCGAGGCAAGAGGAUGGCUUUUACCAACCUGGCAGUGUUUGGUGGCGCCUUCUUCACGCCUAUUGUGGUUGGUGUGAUCACACACUCGAUCAUGUGGUGGUGGACGUUCUACAUCGUUGCAAUCCUGUGCGCUGCCUGCCUGCCCUUGAUAGUGUUCUUCUGCCCCGAGACAGCCUACAGGCGCGAUCAAUCUCUCAACACAGACAUGGUGGUAGACGGCCAAAGAGGUCAUCAGCUGCACACAUUCUCCGAGGGCAGCGACAGCCCACCAGCUCAGGGGCAGAAUACAGCUGAUGAGGAGAAGUUGGUGAGCCGCAACGCUCAACAGGGACAAAAUGGUGCAAACGCGGAGCAGACCCCGAGGAAGAAGACCUUCAAGGAGUCAUUGGCCCUAUUUGACGGCCGCAAGACGGACGAGUCUUUUUGGAAACUGCUGUUUAGACCGUUUGUGCUUCUUCUUGCCCAACCGGCAUUCCUCUGGGCAAGUUUGAUCCAGGGCGCAAUGAUCGGUUGGACUGUAUUUAUCGGCGUUAUUUUGGGCAAUCUAUUCCUCGGUCCGCCCAAUUGGUGGAACGAAGUCGAUACGGGAUACGCUUACACCGGCCCUUUUCUCGGCGCCCUCGUCGGCUUCGUAAUCUCUGGUGGAUUGGCAGACUGGUCCGCUAAGAAGCUCACCAAGUGGAACAAUGGCGUCUACGAGCCGGAGUUCCGUAUCUUGCUUACGAUUCCGCAGCUCGUUCUUGGGUGCGCUUCCCUGUACGGGUUUGGUGCGACGGCCGAUGCGAUAUAUGCAGACAAGGUCUCCGCUCCCGUUUUGCUGUUUUGCUUUGGACUAGAGGUUGCGGCAAUGGUUAUCGGUGCCGUGGCAAGCUCGCUGUACAUCGUAGAUGCAUAUCGGGAUCUGUCCAUCGAGGGUUUCACGUGCAUGAUUAUCUUUAAGAACUUUUUCAGUUAUGGUCUAACAUACAAGGCCUACGACUGGUGGUUGGAGCUCAAGACAAUAUCGACACCGCUUUUCAACAUUAUCGGCACCGUCCAGCUGAUAAUCUGUCUGACGAGCAUUCCCAUGUACAUUUGGGGUAAGCGGGUUCGCAGUUACUACCACCGCCACGAUAUCUUGGCAGCAUGUGGCCUCAGGUAAAGUGUCUGGCUUCUGGCUGGCAUUGCUUGAGCUUUGUCCAUGACGCAUCACAGGGUGUGGGGACAUGAAGGGGGUUGUCGUGGGUGGACAAGAUGAAGGUCGAGCUUCCUUAAUUCGGGUUUAAAUUGUCGCGAAAAAGGAGGACUUAAUAGGGACAAAAACCACUUAUGUUCUGUUUCUUUUUACUUCCUGUCUACAACAACUGGUUUUUUUUGUGUAUAUUAAUGCUCUCUUUGUAAUUAUUUAUUUGUUAUCUUCAACUCUUUUCCUCAUUGGCGCCUUAGUUCAUCCCCAAUCCCACUCGUCU